AUGAUAGAAGCUAAGGUGAUAAAUGAUGUUAAAGCAAUGAUGCAAGAUACUAAUGAAGAUGAGAUCCUAUCAUCAUCAACAAAAUGUUGUAGCUACAGGGUGCCCCAUACCAUGCGUGACCCAAAUAAUGAAGAUGCUUAUUACUAUAACCCAAAAGUUGUUUCCAUUGGUCCCUUUCAUUACGGCAACGAGAAACUAAGAGUCAUGGAGAAGCACAAACGAAUGUUUUUUAAAAGGUUCGUGAAAAAAUCUGAGACAGACUUGGAAGAUUUAGUCAGGUUUGUGACGCGUUGGGAGUCACUGGUUCGGGCGUCUUACUAUGAUGAGAUCAGACUGGACGAGAAGGAAUUUGUGAAGUUGAUAUUAGUGGAUGCUGCUUUCAUCAUUGAACUCUUCAUGAUAGUGCAUGUUAUCAGAGAUAACAAGGCUCGCAAGCAUGAUAUAAGCAAAGAACUAGCGUUGUUGGAGCAUUGGUGGCAGGAAGCUGCUACUAAGGAUUUGAUUUUACUUGAGAAUCAACUUCCAUUCUUUAUUAUUGAACGGCUAUACAAGGAAGCUUUUCCCUCCGCCCCAUCAGAAAGAAAUAGCAACAAUAAGAUCCCUUCAUUUCUUCACCUCACAUUUACCUUCUUUCGGUCUUACAAUAAAAAUCCACCUCAAACUGAAUUUGGUGAGAUAAAACACUUCACAGAUCUACUUAGGUCGUUCUUUUUAUCAUAUGAUAUUUGGAAACCAGAAUUCAUAGAGGAUCCACAUGAUCUUCUUUUAUACAGUGCGACCGAGUUGCAAGAGGCUGGGGUAAAGUUGAAGGCAAGCACAAAACCAGGCAAGAGCUUAGUGGACUUGAACUUUUCAAGCCCUCCUUAUUUUGAGAUCCUAGAGAUUUUCUUGGAAGACAGAACAGAGAUUUUGUUUCGUAAUAUGAUAGCUUUAGAGCAAUGCCAUUAUCAGUUCAAUUCUUACAUUACUGAGUAUGCUUUUGUAAUGGAUUGCCUAAUAAAUGAGCAUCAAGAUGUGGAUCUACUCACUCAUAAGAAAAUCAUCCACAACUUUCUCGGCAAUGCCAAUGGUGUUGCUGAUUUAUUUAAUGGUCUCCGUAAAAAUAUCAUGGGGGAGUAUAAAAUAAGUACUCCUUACCAUCAGAUUUUCAAAGAGCUGAAUCAAUACUGUACGCGUCCUUGGAACAAGAGGAUGGCAAAUUUGAGACGUGAUUAUUGCAAGUCUGCUUGGCGUACUAUGGCUUCUACUGCUGCUAUUGUGGUCAUACUUCUCACCCUUAUUCAAACCAUUUUGGCUUUCCUCCAAAUUUGA